UCAAUCUCUUUUGAGACCUCAGACCCUACUAAACAUACUUUUCCCACCACGCAGCCUCCAUUAUCACUCCCGCCCCCGGACUACGAAAGACGAAGCUCACAUACCUACCUCACUACUCUCGUUUCUGGAUAGCUCGUACACAAUAUCAACAUGAAGGUCUUCGCCACCUUGGUCGGGCUCAUCGCGCUCGCCUGUGCCCUGCCUGGAGGUGCCUUUCCCGGUUAUCCUGUUGGUCAUGUGUCCAACGCCGUAGUUUCCUGCGGUGACUGCAAGGCCAGAUUCGAAAACUGUGUCCGGAUUGCUGGAGUCAAGGGUACCAAUGGUGGUGGCUGCGAGAAGAUUUGUGCAAAGCGUGCUUGCCAGUUGAACAACGAUAUCUGCAAGGGCUGCGACAAAGAUUUCCUCAAUUGCACCGGUCUCAACAAGUACCCUCAUCCGACUAUCGUAAUCAAGGAGGACCCCGAGGAGGGAGCCACUGCUGCUGACGGGUUCGGCCACUCAGUUAACCUCCUCGAGUACAUCUACGACGAGUCCGGCACUCUCACCAAGCUUGAGGGAUAG